GCUCACCUUAUGCCACAGAGCGUGCUUUCCGUCGUCGGAGAGCUGAUUCCUAAGGUCUCACAAAUGCCUCCAACGCUUCCGAGACUCCCAUCCUCUCCACCACAUGAGUUCUCCCCGCGCCCGCCGACUAGGCGUGUUUCUAGCGGACGUGUCCAAGCACGCAUACCCACGGAAUUAUCCUCCCUGCCUCCACGCCGUACGACUAGCGAUCACAACGUGUCACUUCGCGUCCAAUUUAUGCUCGCAAAUAACAACAAUGGAACCUUAUCUAUCACGCCCUCCACUCCAGGGGCCGAAGAGAACGGCGCGAUAAUAUCAGAAAUCCGCAGCGCUCCCGAGACUGCGGUCUCCGAGCGCCCUGUCGCCCGUGAGGCGUCCCCUCCUGCGCUCGAACGGCACGAAUUCGGGGACGCGGCCGCACGAGGCCGAGGGUUAGGCUUCCUGCGUAGGCAUCUCUCGACGUCACGCAGCUUGAAGCCGCUAUCGUCGAGCCGUGUCAGCUUAUCCGACGAGUUGCUCACCUCCCGAGGUGCGUCUCCAGCACGGUCUGAUCACUCAGCCUCAGGUAAGUCGAACAAGACGCUUUCACUGUUCCCAGCGACUGAUAAAUAUUCCACCUUAGUCAAAUCUUGUCUGAAAAAAGCACGGUCUCAGGACUCGGUUCCAAAGGUGGUCUCGCGAACUGACCCAUACCAAGCCCCAUAUUUCUUCCCAUCCCCAUUGUCUCCCGACGCUGCAGGAUACUCUUCUCGUGUCCGUGCGGAGCGCGUCCUCAGCUCGGAAGCUUAUCCCCGCCAGAUGUCUCCCGAGACGUACGAGUCGGUAGAAAGCACGUCUGUAGCUUCGGAUUCACAAGUAGCAUCUGGUAGCAGCCUGCCACAGCCAUCCGAGAAGUCGCGCCUGGCCAGGUCUUCAAGCCGAUCGUGGCAUAUUUCGUUUCGGUCAGAUGCAUCGGAGGAAACGGAGCGCCGAACGUCUUGGACUUCAGAAGUUACGGCUAUGGCCAGCGGCUCCCAGACACCAAGUGACUUAUCUGAUCAUGCCUCGUCUCCCGAGCUGAAGCUUCGGAGGGCGUUGGGCAGGAGCAGGAGGUGCGUUUUCAAGUUUUGAAGUGGGAACUACGUCGUCUCAUGGACAUUCCAGACGCAGGAAUAAGCGUACGCCCCCGGCCCUUACUCCUCUGGAGUCGAUGUCGGGUACAGAAGACCUACAAAGUUUGUCCCCGUCCGCGUCGCCGGGCGCGAAAUUAGUAGCACGGAAAACAUGGCAUUUCCCAUUUCGUCAUCGUCGAGUCGACUCUCAGGACUCAACUAGCAGCCAGCCGCUCAGCGACCACGCUGUCGACGAGCUACCUACACCUCGAGCAAGACCUGUAAAGCGGAAGACGGCGUGAAUUAUGGUUAAAUUAUUUAGAGUAAUAUAUUCGUCUAGUAUUAUUUAUUUCGCGUAGCACAAUGUACAUCUGACGUUCUUUUCACAAUCUAAAU